AUGCUGCCUCGCUGGGUUUUGUGGUGCUGCGUGGUAUUGCUCGCGCGACCGGCGCACCCACAGGGAGCACAACAGUGUCCCGCGCCUAACGCAAUCGCGCCUUGCACCUGCUCGGUCAAGAAGAAUGGCCUUGAUAUCCUCUGCGAGUUCACGGAACAGCAGCACAUCCAGAAGGCAAUGAAUACGCUGCGCUCGAAGCCAAUGAUAAUAUUUUACCUGAAACUUCGUCAUAACAAUUUGGCAAAACUUCCCUCAUACAUAUUCCUCGGAUUGGACAUACGACAUUUGACUGUUCACAACAGUACCCUGGCUGUUAUUGAAGAUUCAUCGCUUAGCUCUAUUGGAAACAAGUUAACUCAGUUGGACGUGUCUCAGAAUAGAUUGGCGACCAUACCGACCUCGUCGUUCACUCAUUUGAACCACCUAUUGAUUCUCAAUAUGAAUCACAAUAAGGUGACCGCGGUUCAUAACAAAGCGUUUCUGGGCCUGGAUACAUUGGAAAUUUUAACCCUCUACGAAAACAAGAUAUCUGUUGUUGACGGCGAAGCUUUUAAAGGAUUAGAAAAGAAACUAAAGCGUCUGAACUUGGGCGGAAAUGAACUAACGGCGGUGCCGCAAAAAGCUCUCGCGUUACUGGAAAAUUUGAAGAAACUCGAGAUGCAGGAGAAUCGUAUUACAUCUAUUUCGGAGGGUGAUUUCGCUGGUCUGAGGAGUCUAGAUUCUCUAGGAUUAGCCCACAAUCAGUUACGAGAGGUUCCAGCCCAAGUGUUCUCACAUCUCAACUUCCUGAACUCUUUGGAACUUGAAGGGAAUCUGAUUCAACGUAUUGAUGAAAAGGCCUUUGUUGGACUCGAAGAAAACUUACAAUACCUACGUCUCGGUGACAACCGCCUCCACGAGAUCCCAUCUGAAGCGCUUCGACCCUUGCACCGUCUCCGCCACUUGGACCUUCGCUCCAACAACAUCACUUACAUCAGUGAAGAUGCAUUCACUGGCUACGGUGACUCGAUCACAUUCCUCAACUUGCAGAAGAAUAUGGUUCAUCAACUGCCAACGAUGGGUUUCGACAAUCUUAAUUCAUUAGAGACGCUGAAUCUGCAAAAUAAUAAGCUGCAACACAUCCCCGAAGAGAUCAUGGAACCGAUAUUGGAUACACUGCGAGUCGUUGAUAUUAUGGAUAACCCGCUAAUUUGCGACUGCGAUCUUGCAUGGUACGAGGCCUGGCUGUCCGGUCUCAGAGACAGGGACGACGAAAUGAUGCAAAAGAAACGAACGGUCUGCACUAUGGUUAACGAGCACCGAGAGUACAGCGUCGCUAAAAUGCCCCUCGAGAAAAUGAACUGCAAACGAAAACCAGGUUACGGGCCAUCGAGCGCUUCGAACACUUGUCCCAUCCUUGUAAUCCACUUCAUCGUUCUCGCUACUAGAGGACUCUAG